AUGGAUGACGGUGGGAGAGCUGCUAGUGGAGCCUCAGUUUCGCAGGCCAAUGGUGUGGUAACUGCUAGGAAGAGAGUGCCAGCUGCCUGUCCCCCCACUCCCAAGCAGAAGGCCAGCAAGACCUCUCAGCCAGCAAACAAGGUUCCCAACAGGAAGCAGCCGGCAGUCCCUGCCACUUGUCCUCCUUCAGUUCCUUGUGGGGCUUCCAGAACGCUUGGUGACGGAACAGCCAGGAAGUCGGACGGGCUGCAGCCCAAGCAGCCGGCACCCAAGACAAGUAGCGUGGCCACCUCAUCUGCUAGAGUGACGGUGAAAAAGGGAGAAGGAGACUGCUGGCCAAGUGGACUGAAGACUUCAGAAAAGGUGGCUCUGGAGAAGGAGGUGCACCAAAAACCCACAAAGGUGACCACACAGCCCAUAGCAUUAGCAUCAAAGAUGCCUUCGACAAAGCCCAGGAGAGUUGAGCAGACUAAACCUUCCAGGACUUGGUUGCCAGGGUCUAAGAAUUCAGCUUCAUCCUCUUUAAACAAAAUUGCUACAAAUGAUAAGAGUGUGGGCAAACCUAAGCAAACAGCUCCACCUGCUGGUCAGGCUAGACCAACACAGCAGCAGAAAAACACUCUGGCAGCACAGAGAGAUGCUUCCAGAGCUCUAAAGGCCAAGGUUUCAAGCUCCAGUUCCUCUGUGAAGAUGCCACCUGUCUUCAAGCAUCCCAAACACUCAGCCUCCAAAUCACAAACUGAGCAAAAUCUUGGAGAGAGGAAUGUUACUACACCUAUGAACAGCAGGUUUCCAGCAAAGAAGUUUUCAGACCCCAGUAAGCCCCAAACUCCUGCCAAGGCAGCUGGUGGGAGUCUCCAUCUGGCCACUCCCCCCAAAGCCUUUGCCUCUUCUCCCAAGCUUCUGCCUCUGGGGGAGAAUUCAGGCAAGAAGCUUCUGAAGAAAGACACUGUUUCCAGUCGUGAGCAGGUGACCCCCAAAAAGAAGCUUCAGAAGACAAGUGCCAAGGAAGGAAAUUGCAAGAAAACCAUCAAAGAAGGAGAAAGCACUUCCAUCAAGGAUACAAAGCUUCUAGAAAAGCUGGAAUCUACAACAGAGGAAGAGACUGUUGACCAGCUACUCUCCCAAGAGACUGCAAACUGUUGUAUAACAGUAGUAGGGAUAAAGCAAGUGGAACCAAGAGGCUCAAAAGAAGAGGGCAGAGCUGAACAGACAAGCAUUAAUGCUUUAGAAGGGCUGUCUCCAGCACUCUUUGAAGCACCUUUGGUCUGCUCUGAACCACAAGAUAUGAAUAUAUCCUCUCCUAAUGAGAUGCCUCACUUGCCCGCUCUUGAAGUCCUAGAGCUGCAUUCUGAUAGUGGUGAUCAAACACACAAUUUGGAGCCAGCACUCCCUUGUGAGACAUCUCCUCCCAUUCAGCUGGAGCUCUCUCACCAAACUUCUCCAGCAGAAACCUUAUGGCAUGGAAGAGGCAUGGAUUCCGAGCAUCUCAGAAAACAAGCAUCUCAUUUUGAUGCUUUAAUGACUAUUGAGCAGCCCCAUUUCUUGCACAAUGCUGAGAAGUCUUGUGUUGACAUACACCAUACUUCAGCAACAUCCCUUCCCACUGAGGAUUCCCAGAUUUCAAUAAAUGAGUCCAUUCCUAUGCUAGAGAGGUCUCCUUCUUCUGAGUCCUUGACUUUAGAGGCUGAGUUGCUUGAAGAAACUCAAACCAUAAAGCUAGUCCUAGCAGAGGCACAGGAAGAGCACAGUCUUUCAGCAGAGCAGUCUCUCUCAGCUAGCCAGGUUGAUCUUACCUUGAAAACUGUAACAGAAUCUCUAGGAGCUGGCCACGAUUGCAGGAAUGAGUUGGAAAUAGUGAACAGGGUAUUGAAUUUGGGUCAGAACCCAGAAGAAGAACUGCAGAAGGAAGUGGUAUCUUUGGAGGUAGGAAAUGGACGACUGAAGAGCCCCCUAGAUCUUGCAACUGAAGAUCAUGAGCUUACACAGAAGGUAGUCACUUCUCAGCAGAUGGAGGGUGUGCAUUGUGCACCUAUUCAUGCUGAAGAUGAAGAGUUAAUGGAAGUUCUGCAAGUAGCAGAACAUUUAAUUAUGGGAACAGUUGCUCAGUACCAAACCCGUCUCCCUGUGUUUGUGGCUGCAACCUCAAUUCCUACAGAAUUGACUGGAGAGCCUUCUGCAGGCCAUGAUGAUCAGUCUAGCAACUUAGAUGAAUAUCCCACCAUUGGAGAUCUUGAGGAUGAUGCAGUAAUUCCAGAAGAAUGUAUGAGUAACAUGAAGCAAGAAGAGGUCACCCAGUGUGAAACUCCAGACUUCUUGCUUCAUCCUUCAGGGGAGAUCUCACCAAAUAGUGGUACUGCUCAACUCUCAGUGCACAAACCUCAGAGCCUGCCCUUGAAGAGCCUGGAGUUGUUACAAGAACCCCCCACUCAGUUGACUGAAAUGCCAGAGUUGCUGCUAAGUAGUACAGGGCUGAAAGCUCUCUCCCCAGAGAAAGGAGGCUCAUCUUCCAAAUCCAGCACAUUAAGCGGGCCUGAUCUGGCAGGUAAGAGCAGUAGUGAAACCAGCACACCUGAGGAGCUGCGGGAGUAUGACAGUAGCUCUGGAGUUGAGUCUAAAUCAGAUGAGAAACUGGAACAGACUUGUCAUCAGCUCCUGAGUCCUUUGGAGGACCUCCCUGGUGAACUUGAUAUGGGCAUCCAUAUGGAGAAGGGAGAUGAUGAGGCAGAGACCCUACCAGCAGAUGAAGUCCUUGGAGAUCCACCUACUGAGCCCACUGUAUCCUCCGAGGAGGAAGCUGAACUGGAUGCAGAUCUUCUGAAGGAAUCAGGCUUCCCCAAAACAGUAUGCCUCUUGACAUCACCUCCCCCAACCAAGCCCCCUUUGCCCCAUUCAGUAGAGGAGUCUGAUGAACCAGUUUCUGGUGAUGCUGGCACAGAAACCCCAGCCUCGACCAACUCUGCAGCUUCAUGUGAUGUUUUUGGUGCCUUUCACCUCCAUUCAACUGAUAGCUGUGGCAAAAGCCCGGGCCUCUCUUCCCUGGAGAGUGAAGAGCAUUCCACAGAGGGCAGUAAGGAGCAGCUCCCGAAAGAGACGUGCGGCAAGAUUCCCAUGGAUUGGGAGCAACACUUGCACCUCACCCCAGCUCCCUUGAAGACUGGAGGGCAUGAAGAAGAAUUAUCCCAGCCUUUCACUGCUGCUCAUAGUCUGGCUGCAGGUGACAGUGGGGCUGGCUUGCCCUUCCCCUGGGAACCAGGUCCAUCAGAGAUCCUCUCCACUAUCUAUGAAGUAGAAAGUGGUGCUGAAACGCCUGGCCCAGAUGAAGAGGAUGGGAGUCGCUGCUUGCGCACCACCUCCCGAGAACAGGCUCUUCACCUAGGAAACAUCCAGGCCACAGUCGUACAGCAGCUUAUCAGCCGAGCACUGCUCUUCCCAGCAGAAGCACCUCCUGGGGCUCUCGGUGGGAAGGGGGCAAUGAGCAGCGAAGCAGAGAUUGGCAGAUGGACAGAACUGAUCUCCCCUUUGGAAGAAUCCCGGGCCAGCAUCACUUCAGUGACAAGCUUCUCCCCAGAGGACAUGUCAUCUCCCCAUGGAGACUGGACUGUGGUAGAAGUAGAAACCUUCCACUGAUUAUUUCUCCCCCUCCCCACUCCCGAGUUAAUCUCUUUGGAAGGCAUUUUUGGGGUGUACCACUAUUUUUGAUCCAAGUGUUUCUAUUAAUCUCCAGGAAGGGUCAACUAUUAGCUGACUGGAGAUACUGCUCUCCCUCCCUCUUCAGCAGCUAAUGGCAUGAAUGCUAAUGCAUCCUUCCUAUAGUUCAGCACUUAUGAGCCAUGAUUACUUUUUUCCCAUGCAAGCUGGCCCUUGAAUUGUUUUUGGUUCAGUGGAGUGACCAACCCUUCAUGUUUGGGACUUCCAGGGAAUAAAUUUAUUUUCAGAGGGUAAGGCCCAUCUUUACUCAGUCUUAACAUGUGAUUGUGCCAAUUAUUGAUAUCACUAUCUGUCAAAUAUGAUAAAAACACACCCCUCCCGCAUGUUUUGAUAAGUACAGCAAUGUUGUUCUUCGUUAGUGAAGGCUAUCAGUAACAGAAGAUGCUAGUGGCCCUGACACCUCCUUACAGAAAGCCAUCAUUGGUUGCAAGCCUGCUAAUAUUUGACUUUUGUCAUAGCAAACUUUCAAAACCAAAUUUCUUACUCUUGGGAAAAGGUGUUUUACCUUGAGAAGCUAUCUAGGAAGUAGCACCUCAAAGGCUAUGUCCAUACAAUACACUUAGGUAGACACCUAACAGAUGAAUUUGUAAAUUAUCAAGCAGCCUAGAUUUGCACAGUAUGUUUAGUACAAGAACAUGGCUUAAUUCAAAAAGCAACUUAAGUGGGUUUUAUGAAUGUAGCCAGUGUG